AAGGAGAAUUUCAAUUGCUCUGAGUAUGGAAAUGGAUCUUGCCCAGAAAAUGAAAGGUCCUUGGUAAUUCGAGCUGCCAUGUAUUCGUUUAUGGCAGGAGCAAUAUUCAUCACAGUCUUUGGCAAUCUGGCCAUGAUCGUUUCCAUUUCCUACUUCAAACAGCUUCACACACCAACCAACUUCCUCAUCCUCUCCAUGGCAGUCACUGACUUCCUCCUGGGAUUCACCAUCAUGCCAUAUAGUAUGGUCAGAUCUGUGGAGAACUGCUGGUAUUUUGGGCUUACAUUUUGCAAGAUCCACUAUAGUUUUGACCUGAUGCUUAGCAUAACGUCCAUCUUCCAUCUUUGCUCAGUGGCCAUUGAUAGAUUUUAUGCCAUCUGUUGCCCUUUACAUUACUCUACCAAAAUGACUAUUUCAGUUAUAAAGCGGUUGCUGCUGGUCUGCUGGUCUGUCCCUGGAGCAUUUGCCUUUGGUGUGGUCUUCUCUGAGGCCUAUGCUGAUGGAAUUGAAGGCUAUGACAUCUUGGUUGCGUGUUCCAGCUCCUGCCCAGUCAUGUUCAAUAAGCUAUGGGGCACUACUUUGUUUGUGGCAGGUUUCUUUACUCCUAGCUCUAUGAUGAUAGGGAUUUAUGGAAAGAUUUUUGCAGUAUCCAAAAAACAUGUUCGUGUAAUCAAUAACUUGCCAGAAAAUCAAAAUAAUCAAAUGAGGAAAGACAAAAAAGCAGCCAAAACUUUAGGAAUAGUGAUGGGUGUUUUCUUGUUAUGCUGGUUCCCCUGUUUUUUCACAAUUCUGUUAGAUCCCUUUUUGAACUUCUCUACACCUGUAAUCCUGUUUGAUGCUUUAACAUGGUUUGGGUAUUUUAAUUCCACAUGCAAUCCCUUAAUUUAUGGUUUCUUCUAUCCCUGGUUUCGCAGAGCACUUAAAUACAUUUUGUUAGGUAAAAUUUUCAGCUCACAUUUCCAUAAUACUAAUUUGUUUAUUCAAAAAGAAACUGAAUAGACUUUUUCUGUGUGAGUGAACUGAAGCAUAAAGACUGGUACUUAAAAGAUGAAGUUGCUUCAAAGGAUUACUAUUGUGG